AUGACUCGUCGCGGCUCAUAUCGGAUCGGUGUAGAUGUCGGGGGAACAAAUACAGACGCUGCCAUCAUUGACAUCUCCGCGUCGGACACCGAGACAAGAGGUGUACGUGCUUCAAGCAAAACACCUACAACGCCUGAUGUCACUUCUGGAAUUCAAACAGUGAUCAAACAUGUAUUAUCCAAGUCGGGUAUUGAACGUCAAGAUAUUCUCAGCGUGGCUAUUGGAACCACCCAUUUUGUGAAUGCCGUUGUGGAGGCAGAUGCACGUCUAUUGAGUAGAGUCGCCGUUGUUCGAUUAUGCGGACCUUUUACGAAGAUGUUACCGCCAUUUUCCGAUUUUCCGCCAGCAUUGAAAGAUAUCAUGGGAGGACCGGCAUUCUACCUAGAUGGAGGACUUGAGAUUGACGGACGUGAAAUCGCAUCACUAAAUCCUGACCAGAUCAAGCAGACCGUCCGGUCCAUCAAAGCAGAGGGAAUCGAUAAGAUAGCGCUAGUCGGCGUUUUCUCACCCCUCGAUGCACAAGGUCUCCACGAGGAAACCUGCAAGCGAUUGAUGUUAGAAGAAGAUCCAUCUUUAUCAGUCGUAUGCUCUCAUACGAUCGGAGAAGUCGGUCUCCUAGAACGUGAGAAUGCAACAAUUCUCAAUGCGUCAAUUCUGAAUCUCGCGCGGCGAACAGUUCGCGCAUUCUGUACAGCGAUGAAACAGCUUCGUCUGGAUUGUCCCUUGUUCCUCACUCAAAAUGAUGGGACAUUGACAGAUGCCGCUACAGCUGCGGAACUGCCAAUCAAGACAUUCGCAUCUGGUCCAACCAACAGCAUGACAGGGGCAGCGUACCUGGCAUCAUUAGACCGCGGGGAAAACAGGACUCGAUCCGAAACCCAAGUUCUUGUGAUUGAUGUUGGAGGUACAACGAGCGACGUUUGUGCAUUGCUUCCAUCUGGAUUCCCUCGGCAAGCGCCAAAUUUCGUUGAGGUCGGUGGUGUGCGCACUGCCUUUUCCAUGCCCGAGGUACUUUGUGUUGGACUUGGUGGAGGAAGUCGGAUUGUAUAUGACGAGGCUUCAGACAGUGUUCAAGUCGGACCUGAAUCUGUUGGCCAUUAUCUGACCACCCAGGCUCUAGUUUUUGGCGGCGAGAUCAUGACCACCACCGACAUUGUGGUAGCUUCAGGGAAAGCGGAUAUUGGAAAUGUGAAAAGAGCGAGAGCCAUUCCCUCCAGUAUUGUAAGCAAAGCACGAGCACAGAUCAAGAAAAUUCUGGAACGAGCAGUCGAAGACAUGAAGGUUUCCGAUCUCCCUGUGACUCUUCUGCUCGUUGGUGGAGGUUCGAUCGUCCAGAUGGACGACUUGGAAGGAGUUGCAGAAUGUAUCAUCCCGCCGCAUCAUGAUUCUGCAAAUGCCGUUGGCGCUGCAAUCGCGAAGGUCUCCGGUGAAGUUGAUGUGAUUGAGAUCUUGGAGGGUCGGGAUGAAAAGGCUGUGUUAGAAGAGGCAAAGCAACGAGCCAUCGAGGCUGCCGUGGCUCGUGGUGCAGAUCGACAUGACACCAAGAUUGUUACUGUUGACAAACUUCCUCUCCAAUAUGUUACCAACAGGGCCACACGACUUGUUGUCAAAGCUGUUGGUAGACUUGCGCUGUCUGGAAGUUACCCUCUGUCUACAAAUGGUGCAUCUUCAAAUGGAAAGGCUGUGAAUGGCACCAAUGGUACCAAUGGAACAAACGGCACAAAUGGUACACAUGGCACCAAUGGCACAAACGGCACCAACGGCACCAAAGGAACCAAUGGCACCAAUGGCCAUGAUGAGCCAGAGCCAGAGAAAAAGUUCAAGAAGAAAGAUUCAGAGUCGCUGCAAUCAUCUGUGAAGUUUUCUCCCUUCAUGGAUCUUGAGGCAUAUCAACCUGAUGUACGGAAUGGAGUAUGGUACAUAUCUCCUGUGGAUCUUGAAUUCAUGGCAACAGGAACCGGUGUUCUAGGAACUGGCGGAGGAGGUUCCUCAUACCUUGAAUACCUACGAUGCCUAGAAAGUCUUCGAAACUCUCACGGCAAGAUGCGUGUCGUUUCACCCGGCUCCAUGAAAGAUUCCGACGUUUGUGUUCUGGGAUCCUGGUAUGGUGCACCGAGUGUGGGUAAUGAGCGAUUACCCUCAGGGACAGAGACCAUGGACGCGAUUGACUGCUCAGUCAAGAUGGCGGGACAUACGCAUUUUGAAGCAGUAAUGGCCGAUGAAAUUGGUGGUGGAAAUGGACUCUCGACUUUCCCCACGAGUGUCUACUACGAUAUUCCUGUGAUUGAUGGUGAUUUGAUGGGGCGUGCCUACCCAACAAUGGAGCAUGGCACUCCAUACAUAUAUGGAGAAUCUAUCACGCCCUGUGCAGUUGCAGAUGCUAGGGGCAACGCGUCUGUUAUUUUGAAAGCUGAGUCAAAUCGCCGCAUUGAGACGAUGCUGCGUUCUCAAUGUGUGGAUCUGGGCCUCAACGUGGCUAUUGCCUCCACCCCAUUAACCGGUAGAGCAAUCAAGCAAUAUGCGAUUCCGAACACAGUUUCACAAGCAUGGUAUAUCGGACGUGCCAUCCACAAAGCCAGGAAAUCGAAAGCAAACCUUGUCAAUGCCAUCUUCGAAACCACCCCGGGAUAUCUCCUUUACUCUGGCAAAAUUGUUGAUGUCAAGAGAGACAUCAGCGAAGGUUACACAACAGGCCAGUGCACAAUAAUACCCCUGAGCAACGAAGAGCAGGACCUCAAUGGCACAGCCAAUGGUUCUGCAUCGGAUGAUAGCCGCUGUUUGGUUAUUCCAUUCCAAAACGAAUUCCUCUACGCUGCAUAUGCAGAUAGUGCCAAUCCAGAUGAUUCCUCACGCCAUGAGAUCAUCUGCACUGUUCCAGAUCUCAUUUCUAUUAUUGGUCAAGAUGGUGAAGCGAUAGGAUCACAGGAUCUUCGUUACGGUCUUCGUGUCAAUGUGAUAGGCAUGGCUGCACAUCCCCUGUGGACAGGAGAUGAGCGGGGCUUACGCGUUGGUGGACCGGAAGGAUUUGGGUUAGAGAUGGAAUGGAAGAGCAUUGGGCCGUAUCAAGAGCCUAGAAGUGUUAUUGCCGAGUUCAAUAGAGACACUUAG